UUGGUUGUGUUCUCAAUCGUCGCUUUAGACAAGAUGAAAAUUGAUGAUCCAGUCGGUGCUAUCUCUGUACAUGGUACCUGUGGCCUACUUGGUUUGUUAUUAGUGCCGGUUACUUCUGACGCAACAAUAUUAGGUCAACUAAUCGGUGCCGCAACAAUCUUUGGCUGGGUAUUUUCUACCAGCUUUGCUGUGUGGUUUGUGCUUAAGAUGAUCAUGGGUAUCCGUGUAUCAGCUGAGGAAGAAUAUGAAGGUGUAGAUAUCG